GACUGUCAAACCGAUGCAUUGCAUACUGGUUAUAUAAAGUAUUAAAAAUACAAGAAACUAACCUUGUUUAACAGAAAACUAUGGCUUGUUUGCAGCGGCAUAUUGGCCGAUGUACGCAUGGGCAGUUAACUUGUGUAGGAAAAAAAUAUAGGCAGGAAAAAACUUCAGAACAUCGCUAAAUGAAUUCAGACGAGGUGGAGGAGGAGCAACAUUAACAUCAGAGGAGGUGAAGGAACAGGAGGAGACGGGGGUGAGCUUUAGCUGGUGCUAAAUAGAACAGACUUCGGACGCGAAUGUGUUCGAAUUAAAACGCCGAAAACUCAUACUCGAUUGGAAACUUAAGUAUCGAUCUCAGCACGGUGCGGAUCGAGGUUGAUACCCGUAAUUGGACGAUAUCAGAGAAGGAGAGGUAACUGAGUUCUUAGCUCACCUUAAAAACAGAAACUAUUUCAAGUACUAUUUAUUGUCUUUUUUUUUAGAUAAAAAUUAAAAGCAUUUUUGUCUACUUCACCGUGUAUUGGUUCUAAAAGUAUAGUUCGUGUGGUACAUGUAUUGUAAUGUAAUGAGUGACUCACCUUGCCUAACCAGGGUAAAUACAAAUAUCUGCAAUGUUGUUUAACUUAACAUUUAACGAUGGUGAUUUGAUCAUUACCAGUCUGAGUUUAAUUAUUGUAUAAGGCAGGUUUGGACUGUUGUUUUAAUGGUAAUACUACAUAGGACUACUGUAGGUGGUAACCGAACUACAAUUUUUGAUUGGAUAACAACCUUUUGUGGGUUGUUAGGUUUAUUCUAACAUGUGACGACAAAGUAACAACACAAAAGACGUCUGGAUCUUUUACUUGCAAGGGGAGAAUGCCGCUUGCUCUGCUGGCAGCUUCCUUAUCAACUCCGAGUUGCUGCAUUAUUCAACAGUUGUGAUAUCUGUUGAAGAUCAGUCUGUGACCACCUCUUAACAGACAUAUCGGUAAUCAGUAGUAGCUCGUGUGGUCAUUUAGGCUUCUGGGUAUCUGUGUUCCCACCAUGGUUCUGAAGGUGGCUGUGAUCGGGGCAGGAGCCUCAGGUUUGACCAGCAUUAAAGGCUGUUUGGAAGAAGGUCUGGAGCCGACCUGCUUUGAGAGCAGCCACGAUAUUGGAGGUGUCUGGAGGUUUAAGGAGAACCCAGAGCCUGGACGGGCCAACAUCUACGAGUCGGUGAUUAUCAACAGCUCCAAAGAGAUGAUGGCAUACAGUGACUUUCCUCCGCCCGUGGAGUUUGCCAACAACAUGCACCACUCCGAGCUGCUGCAGUACCUGCGCCUCUAUGUGCAGGCCUUCAGACUGCAGCAGCACAUUCAGUUUCAGACCACGGUGGUCAGUGUACGGCAGACAGUGGACUUUGCCGUCUCCGGACAGUGGGAGGUGGAGACGAAGAAUGCGGAGAACCAGAAGGAGAUGCGUGUUUUUGAUGCAGUCAUCGUUUGUACCGGACACUUUACUCAGCCUCACCUGCCACUCAGCGACUUCAUCGGUAUUGGCAGUUUUAAAGGCCGGACGUUACACUCCUGGGAAUACCGCUCUGCUGAGGGGAUGCAGGGGAAAAAUGUGGUGGUGAUUGGAAUUGGAAACUCUGGAGGUGAUCUUGCGGUGGACAUUAGCAGAGUGGCUAAGAAGGUGUAUUUAAGCACCAGGAGUGGAGGAUGGGUGGUGAGCCGUAUUGGACAAGGUGGACUUCCGAAUGACCUCUUUGGAACUUCUCGAAUGGAUUUGAUCAAAUCCAAGCUCUUCGCCUCCAGGAUCAAUAAGGCACUGGAGAAGAAGCUGAAUGAAGCGCUUGACCACACACUCUACGGCCUUAGACCGAAACAUGGAUUCUUUGCACAGAUUCCCGUCGUCAAUGACGACCUGCCGUCUCGCAUCAUCUCCGGUCGUGUUCAGGUGAAACCCAACGUGAAGGAAUUCUUCGGGUCCAGUGUGGUUUUUGAAGAUGAAACCAUAAUAGACCAGGUGGACGUUGUCGUGUUCGCCACAGGCUACAACUACAGCUUUCCCUUCCUGCCGUCGGAGCUGCAGAUUAAAUGCGAUUACAGGCUUCAACUCUACAAACACAUUUUCCCUCCUGGACUUGCCCAUCCGACGCUGGCCGUGGUGGGCUUCAUCCACGCCUUGGGGGCGGUCAACCCACUCUCUGAGAUGCAGGCACGUUGGGUUACAAGGGUAUUUAAAGGUUUGUCCUCCCUGCCGUCUGCAGAGACUAUGGAGAAGGAGAUACAGAAAGACACCACAGCCAUGAGACAGAGUUUCAAAUGCUCUGAGCGUAACCCACUCCAGGUGGUGUACAUCCCCUACAUGGACUCUCUGGCAGAGAUGCUUGGAGUACGACCGAACAUACCGUGGCUCUUCCUCACCGAUCCCAGAUUGGCGCAGCAGGUUCUGUUUGGCCCUUGUACUCCGUAUCAGUACCGUCUGACUGGGCCGGGCAGGUGGGCUGGAGCCCGUCACGCCAUUCUCACUCAGUGGGAGCGAGUGCUGCAGCCUUUUAGGACCAGACUAGUACAACAACCCAAGACCAAACCCCAGUCCAUGUGGAGCAUCACUGUUGUUUCCCUUGGAGUUGCGUUGCUGUCCUACCUCUGUUGCAGUGUAUACCGUGGCAGCAUUUCUCCACUCGAUAAACUGCUUAGUUGCAUUGAAACAAGAUAAGGUUGUGACUUUUCGAAGCUGUGUGGGGUCUUUGGAUUACAAAUCAAAUUAGGUAUGUUUUAAUUGUGUAGGAGUUUAAAUGGUAAGAAACACGUGUAUUAGUUUCCAUGAGGGCGGAUCAUAGUGGUUUGUCAAUCACAGCUGCACAGUUUAACCAGUGGAUUGUGGUAUCGAGUGCUUUUUGAAUAGUUAUAAAUAAUUAACAGGGAAUUAUGGAACCUCCUUUCAUGGUCAGGUGCUCAGCAAAUGCCUUUGGUAGUCACAUGUAAAACUAAAGGCAGGUAAAAUUGCAUAUGUGUCCUGAAAUCCUUAUUUGUAUCUGUUUUUAGAUCAUAUUCUUGGAGCUAUCCUGAUGGGGUUUUAUAGAGAACGACUAUUUUUAAUGUCUGACGGUUUCUAAACUUCCAAUUAGAAAAUCUUUUCGUAACAAAUAAUGUGAUUGUAUUAUACUGUUGGAUUGUUUUUCAUGCAUUUAUUGUGAAGGAUUCUUUUCUCGUGUCCAUGUUUGUUCUUGUCAAUCCAACGAUUAUCUUUCCACCUUGGUGGCAAUAAAAUGUAUCUUGACACAAUCGCCUUGUUUGUGAUGCAGUAUGUGGGACAUAUCAUGGUGUAAACUGAUGUAAAUUGGAUACUAUCCACCAGAAGUACGUGUUUUUAAUUUUAUAUUGUUAGCGUGAUGGCAGUUUUCGGGGAGCUGUAGACAGGCACUUUCAGGACACCUAUCUU